GCGACUAAGCUAUAGCGUGCUUCUUUCAGUUUCUUUCUGUCACUGGACUUGUUUAUCAUUCGUUUAGAAUCGAACAGCUUUACCGCUUGCUACGAUCCUGCUGCCUAUCAUUUCAUUCUCAAUUUGACGUUUCGUUCGGCGAGAUUCACGUGCAGCCAUAAAAUUAACAGUGAUUUCGCGGCGUUUUAUCGUUCUAAAUUGUGUGGAGACAGCGAAAAUGCCUGCCGAUCAGGAACUGAACCAAGUACUGGUGAGGAGACAAGAAAUCAACGAAGCACUUGAUAAUGGUCAGGAAGUCAGAAUUAAGUACAGAAUUGUGAAUGUUUACACAGAAUUUCAUGAGUUCACCAGGAAGGAAAUCAAGUCUAUCGAAGCUACAUUCAAAAAAUUCAACACCAACAAGGACGGCUUCCUCAGCCUCGACGAGCUGAAGCGCAUGAUGGAGGUGCUCGGCGCGCCGCAGACGCACGUCGGUCUCAAGGCCAUGAUCCGGGAGGUGGACGAGGACGACGACGGCCGCCUCUCCUUCCAGGAGUUCAUGCUGGUGUUCCGGAAGGCGCGUGCCGGCGCGUUGGACGAAGAUUCGGGCCUGGGGCAGCUGGCGCGAUUGGCCGAGAUCGACGUGGACAAGGUGGGGGUGUGUGGGGCCAAGGAGUUCUUCGAGGCCAAGAUAGGGGAACUGACAAAGAGGAGUAAAUUCGAAGAUGAAAUUCGCCAGGAGCAAGAAGAUAGAAAACGAGAUGAAGAAGAGAGAGCAAUGAGACGACAAGAUUUUUUACAGAAAGCGGCAAUAUUUAAAGUUAUCUAAAUUCGUUAUACCAUGAUGACUGAUGAUUUGAUUUUACCAUUAUUGUUAUUUGCCACUGCUCUUCUUUAACCAUAAUAUAUUAUUAUCUAUUUGUUACUUCAAAACUUGAAUAUUACAGUGUAUUAUUUGACUAUUCUAUUAUGAUUUGCCUUCUGACAUUUAUUUUUUAUUGUAUAUAAAUAUAAGGCUAAUUUGAAGAAUUGAUUAUAUUUGAUAGCUUUAGUGUUCUUAGAUUUACUGUUGAUUGUGAUAGCUACUCUUGUAAAUGUAAAGUAUAUAAAUUAAUAUGAUGAUCAUCAA